UGGUGAGAAAGGCGGGCAAUAGAUCGGCGACUUGUUUCGGUGUGACACGGGGGAAGAAAGUGAGGACCGGAGGGAGGUGGCGGUCCCAUCCGUCACUGACUGGCAGGAGCAACUGCCGUUUGAAUUUCAGCCGUCUUUAGAGGCUCGGGGGUUGCGGGGUGUACAGGACCUUUGGGCAGCUCUCGGCUUUCAGUGUUAACCGCAGCGCGUUUCGAGGUGAUGGCCUACCCAGGAUAUGGCGGGUAUGGAGGUUUUAGUGGACAUAUGACUGGAAUGGCAGGGCCAGGUGGACCGAUGCAUGCUGCCCCACCAGGUGCAUACCAGCCUUAUUCUGCUUACACUGGGUACCCUUCUGCUGCUUCAGUGGAUCCAAUGUGGAGUUACUUCACUGCAAUUGCUGGACAAGAUGGAGAAGUGGAUGCUGAGGAACUGCAGCGAUGUUUAACACAGUCUGGGAUACAUGGUACCUACAAACCUUUUAGUUUGGAGACCUGCAGAAUCAUGAUCGCAAUGCUGGAUAGAGAUAUGACUGGAAAGAUGGGCUUUAAUGAAUUUAAAGAGCUAUGGGCAGCACUGAAUGGAUGGAAACAGAACUUCAUGAUGUAUGAUCAGGAUAGAAGUGGGACAGUAGAACCGCUUGAGCUUGGCCAGGCUAUUACAUCAAUGGGGUACCGACUGAGUGCUCAAGCUAUAAAUGGUAUUAUAAAACGUUACUGUAAAGAUGGCAAGACCUACUUUGAUGACUACGUUGCCUGCUGUGUAAAAUUAAGGGCAGUUACAGAUGCUUUCAGACGAAGAGACAGUCUGCAGCAAGGAUAUGUGAACUUUGCUUAUGAUGAUUUUAUCCAAUGCACCAUGUCCAUUUGAGUGCAACGUUGCAUCCAUUAUGCAAACACUGGCCGCUGAUGACCGACCGACAACCAGUGAUUUAUAUUGCUUUGAGGAUAAAUCGAACUGCUCAAAUUGCAUACAUGUCUAGUCGUUUUGUAUAUUUUCUUUUUUUAUUGUGUAAAAUAAAAAAGGAAAUUCAAUUUUA